CUUUCUGUAUCUACUGCAUUUCAGCUCGCCACCAAUAUUAAUCCACAGCGAAUUAUCUUCAAUCAGAGAGUCACUCAACGAAGAUAUGGAGCAGUACAUCUGCUGCCGCUGCUAUUUCUCCAAUGAAACUCACCACAUAUAUGCAAUGCCACACACUGCUCCAGUUUCGCCUCUCCAUUACCCCGCUCACUGGUCUUUGAGCAGAGUGUCGGAGGAGGCUUUCUUGCUCAGAGGAGACCUGACCUGUCCGUGACUACCAAUAAAUCCCGUUCUUUGCUCGAUUUGUGACCUUAAAGUUAUGGAGCCGUUUUUUCACCCGUGGUACUCGCUCACGCUUCGUCUUCAUCGUUUGUUCAAAUAGCCUCCUUGCUUCCGCCUUUGUUGUGUUUGACUCUGUUCACACCGAACUUUGUCGCCUCAGAUCGCUCAGCUGUGUUUGUACUGGUCUGCUCUAGAACAUUGAGUCUCACCACGCAAACGUUACCAUGCUUGAUAUACUUAUCGUCCUUUUUUUGUUCUUUGUAGUGCAAUGUGAAGCUACCACUCCCAAAAUCCUAUUUACUCUUCAAUCUCAAGGGGUCACCUUCCCAACAUGGUUCGAGCAAUUCACGCUCUGUCUCGCCCCUCUCGCUGCUCACGUCGCAGGAGGAGUAGUGUCUCCCACUCUCAUCCCAAACUCCACACCACCACCGAGCUGGAGCGCUCGCCUCCCGCACUUCAAUCCCAUCUCCAUCAUCUGGCGCUACUACAUCAUCGGCGACCGACGGCUACGCGCGAGAAGCUGGGAUCGAGCUGACAUGGCAGCCUCGAAUGCCGUUUUCUGGGACGGAGAGCGUGGGCGAUGGGAUGGCUCCGAGGAGAUCAUGGUUAAGAGCAGGGCCUGGAUGACGAAAGUACCGGACACGGCUCAUGUUACCCCGUUGUCGGCUUCGAGUGCCUCAUCUCUCAUUCUCACGGCCCAGGGCAUUGGUGCUACAUUCAUGAUCAUCGGCAGUUUGAUUCCCGGCUCUGCAUAUAGAAUCACCGCCAGCCUACAAGGGGUUUUCACACCCUUGGGAUGCCUGGGCCUCAUGAGAUUACCAGCCGCUUUCUGGCUUACUAGUGAUUAUGGGUUCAUGAACUACGAUACUCGUCAAGGCAAGCCGUUGCUCGUUGGAACCGGUUUGGAGAAAGCGGUGAGCAACAACAUCGCUCAACUCAGCGUGAGCCAAAUCGACAUGACAGUCCAAGAUCGCCUACUUUCUCCUCACUGCUGGAAAGGAAUUGUCUAUCGCGUUUUCUGGCUUGUCACCGUCUGGGGCAUUCUCGGCAUUUCAGCAACAGAUUGUACACAUAUAUGGUGGAACUACCCUCCCUCUCUUCCUUACUUGCCAACGUCUACGUUGAUAUUCGACUCCAUGUACCUGGUUCUCACGAUUGCGGCGAUCGGCAUUCAUACUUUUUACGUGGUUACCGGCAAGGCGACCUCAACGAUUAUUCCGUGUGUACAUGCCACUUGGUACAAGAUCUUUACGGGAGUUUUUAUGGUUGUUGGGUUCGUGUGUGUGGUUGUUGCAGCUUUGGAGACGAGGGUUAAAGGCAAUGGGAGGACGACGAGUCUGCCGGAAUUUCUUUGCGGACAGGGCAGAGCGAUUUGUAUUCCUGUGGCGCUUGGGCAGGGAAAUUAUAAUGUUUGAUGGAUAUUUUCGAUAUAAGAGCUGCCGUAAUUACUUUGUGUACAGCGCAGUUCCAGAUUGUAUCAACGUAGAAGAGGUUCUAGUACAGUACUGUACAUUCAUCAAGGCCUG